UGAAGGAGAGCAGGAAAUGGUAGAGGAAGAAGAGAAUCAAAAUAAGCUCAAAGAGGGAAAUAAGGAAAUAGACGCUGAGAGAAAGGAAAGGAAGGCAGAAGGAGAUGAAAUGGAUGAAAUGGAAAAGGACGAAGAAAAGCGUAAGAAUUUGGAAAGGCAGGAGGAGGAGAAGCGCAAAGAGAACAAAAGGGAAGAUCAGGAGAAUGGGAAAACAGAGGAAGAAGACACUCAAAACAAAAGAGUUAAGGAAGAAGAAGAAAAGCGUAAGAAUAGGGAACUGCAGGAGGAGGAGAAGAAGCGCGAAGAGGAAGAAAAGGCAAAUCAGGAAAAGGAGAAAAAGAAAAAGGAUGAAGAAGAACUUCAAAAAAUGAUAGAAACUGAGGAGGAAGAACAGCGCAAGAAGAGGGAAAGGGAGGAGGAGGAGAAGAAGCGCAAAAAGAAAGAAAGUGAGGAGGAAGAACAGCGCAAGAAGAGGGAAAGGGAGGAGGAGGAGAAGAAGCGCAAGAAGAGGGAAAGGGAGGAGGAGGAGAAGAAGCGCAAAAAGAAAGAAACUGAGGAGGAAGAACAGCGCAAGAAGAGGGACAGGGAGGAGGAGGAGAAGAAGCGCAAGAAGAGGGAAAGGGAGGAGGAGGAGAAGAAGCGCAAAAUGAAAGAAACUGAGGAGGAAGAACAGAGCAAGAAGAGGGAAAGGGAGGAGGAGGAGAAGCGCAAAAAGGAAGAUCAGGAGAAGGAUAUGGAGGAAAAAGGCACUGAAAAGGAAAGAGAAAGGAAGGAACACAAGAAGCGCAAAGAUGAACAAAGUGAGUCAAAAGAGACUGAUAGAGACAAGGAGGAUGGAGGAAAGGGUAGGAAGAGAAGAAGAGAAGAAAGAAGGAAGUACAAAGAUGAGAUGAGGGGCACAGAGGAGAAGAAUCCAUCAAAGAAUAAACCGAAGAAUAAAGAUGGCAAAGACUCGAAGCACAAGGACACAUGCAACAAACGAAGCCACAUGGAGCUUGAGGAGACAGUCACUGAAUUGAAGAAACGAUUGGAGGAGCAGGAAAAAAUUAUCAAUGACCAAAAAAAAAAUUAG